AUGGUCCCAAAGGCUCCAGGGGAACAUCUGACCUGGGUCCAGAAUGAUGACAGCCUGGAGCGCCUCGUGACGCUGAUGUGCGACCUCUUGGAUGUGGUGUGGACUUUCGGGGAGCAGACCAGAAUCGUGGCCGCCAAGCAGAACGCCGGCUCUGACUCGCCAGCCAGCUGCCGGGGCUCGGAAGAGGGAGUCCCUGAGGCAAAGGGUGCAGAGCCGGCCACACGCUUGCCGUCUGGGACCUCAACCAAAGAGGCCCUGCUGGCCACAGAGGAUGAAGCGCAAGCCAGCCUGGCAAAGACCCUAGAGCCCGGGGACCAGAGGAGCUACAACAUCAUCAGGUGCCUGAUAGGGGGAAAGAGCCAUUCCAGAGGUGAAGAUGACACAGAGGGUGGGUAUGAGCGGGACCAGCAGGGGGCGACAGCAUCACCCGGCGUGGAUAAGAAGAUUUUGCCUGAGAACGAUUUCAAUCAGCCGAGAGAGGACGGGGACCUUCUGCUGCAGGAGGGAUGGGGCAGCCUGUGGGUUAGAGACGAGGAGGUGCCACCCUCGUCAGGUAGGGCUUCCCGGUCCUUCCCUCCAAGAGGCAUCACCUUCUCCUGGCUGACCGGCUCUCCCAGCUUGGAUUUCCCUGGAGCACAGCAGUUCAAUCCCUCAUCUGAAACCUCUCACGAGACAAGGGCAGAGCCUGGGCCCAGCGGGUGGCUUCGUCCCAACCCUGCCUGUCAGCUCUGCAACGAUGACACAAUUCAUCGCCUGGGGGGCUUCAGGAACUUCGGACCCCCUGACUUGAAGGGGCUGGAGGAGGAGCUAAGGCAGAAGCUCAGCAGCUGUCACAAGUGGGGAGCAGACACACAGGGGACCGUUUUCUCCAAGGCAAAGAGGGUGUUUUCUAAUUAUUGCCUCUGCCCUUCCGGGGACUCCAGGGCACAGGCCUUAGCAAGGAAGGCUGUUCUCCGGGAGAUCGCAGUGGCUGCCCUUCAGAAGACGACGCUGGUCGGCACCAUGCCCUCAGCCCACCUGAGAUGCUCACCCGCCCUCCAGGCUACGACCUCUCAGCACAAGCAUGGGGAUUUCUUGCCAUUGUUCCUCCAGUGGGCUCUCCAGAAGCUGAAGAUGUUGGUUAAAAAGACAGCCCCCAAAUCCUAGCUGAGACGCUCCUUCCCAAAGAUGGCUGCCACCUCUAUUAAAAGAUCAGCCCCACCAUUAAAGUGAAUGAUCUCCUAUA